CGGGAGCCGGGGGAGCCGCGGGAGCCCGCGGGCCCCGCGGGCCGGGCGCAUGGCUUAGGGACGCCGCCGCCCGCCGCGCCCCCAGCAUGGGGAAACUUCACUCCAAGCCGGCCGCCGUGUGCAAGCGCAGGGAGAGCCCGGAAGGUGACAGCUUCGCGGUGAGCGCCGCCUGGGCUCGGAAAGGCAUCGAGGAGUGGAUCGGGAGGCAGCGCUGCCCGGGCGGGAGCUCUGGACCCCGACAGCUGCGGGCAGCGGGCACCGUUGGCAGAGGAACCCGGGAGCUCGUGGGGGAAGUUUUCAGAGAAACGCUCAGUGAGGAGGAAGAGGAAGACUUUCGGCUAGAAGUGGCCCUGCCUCCAGAGAAGACAGAUGGGCUGACCAGCGGAGAUGAGAAGAGGAGGGAGAAGGCAAGCGAAUCUUGCCCUGGCUCCAAGAAGCAGCUGAAAUUUGAAGAGCUCCAAUGUGACGUGUCUGUGGAAGAGGAUAGCCGGCAGGAGUGGACCUUCACCCUGUAUGACUUUGACAACAAUGGCAAGGUCACCCGCGAGGACAUCACCAGCCUGCUGCACACCAUCUACGAGGUGGUUGACUCCUCUGUCAACCAUUCCCCGACCUCGAGCAAGACGCUGCGGGUGAAGCUCACAGUGGCCCCUGAUGGAAGCCAGGGCAAGAAGGGCAUCCUUCUCAAUCACCCUGACCUGCAGGGCACGAGGCCCAGAGCGGAGACCAAGCCUGCCGAGGAGCUCCGAAGCUGGGAGAAGAAGCAGCGAGCCCCACUCAGGUUCCAGGGUGACAGCCGUCUGGAGCAGUCUGGCUGCUACCACCACUGCGUGGAUGAGAAUAUUGAGAGGAGAAACCACUACUUAGAUCUCGCCGGGAUAGAGAACUACACAUCCCAGUUUGGGCCUGGCUCCCCAUCAGUGGCCCAGAAGUCAGAGCUGCCCCCCCGCACCUCCAACCCCACUCGGUCUCGCUCCCAUGAGCCAGAAGCCAUCCACGUCCCACACCGAAAGCCCCAAGGCGCGGACCCGGGCUCCUUCCACUUCCUUGACACCCCAUUCGCCAAGGUCUCGGAGGUCCAGCAGCGGCUCCGGGGCACCCAGGACGGGAGCAAGCACUUUGUGAGGUCCCCCAAGGCCCAGGGCAAGAGCGUGGGUGUGGGCCACGUGGCCAGAGGGGCAAGAAGCAAACCCCCUGUGGGACCCGCCGUCCCCGCGGUGUCCCCGGCCGCCCACCUGGCCGCCAGCCCCGCCCUCCUCCCCACGCUGGCGCCCCUCGGGCACAAGAAGCAGAAGCACCGAGCCAAGGAGAGCCAGCAGGGGGGCCGGGGUCUGCAGGCGCCCCUGGCGGUGGGCAGCAGUGUCGUGGGGCGGGACCGCGGGAGGGACCUGCCCGCUGUGGUGGUGUAUGAGAGCCCGGCCGGCCAGGCGGUCCAGAGACACGAACACCACCACCAUCACGAACACCACCACCAUUACCACCACUUCUACCAGACAUAGACCCCUCCCCAGAAACCCCCAGCCCUGCCAUAUGAAGGACCCCUCCUCCCCCGCGCCCCCAAGGCAUUAUUAUUCUAUUAAUUAUUGUUAUUAUGAUGAUUAUUGUUAUUAAUAAUUAUUGUUACUCCACUAAUAUUCAGCUAGCCUCCAUGUAGAAGAUAUAUGGAAACACAGAACUAAACUUUUAUUUAUAUGUUGUGAGGACUGCAUAACUUACCCAAGAAAUGACUCUGGGUUUGGAAGUGGCCUGUUGACGGUGGAGGCUCGCUCGGGCUCCCGAGCUGCAGUUUCCACGCAGGCUGGUCCGCACCCUUGCCGGCUCUGGGGGAGCCCUCGGCCAGAACUGUGCCCUACCCCUAGUCUCUUCCAGGAGAACACCCUUACCUGGCCUGCUUCCAGAGACCCUCAAAAAUCUCCGAGAAGAUAAACAGCUGCUACCUCUUAGUAUUAUUCUGAUUUUGUUUUGCCCUUAACUGAUUGUAAUGUGCUACAAGGGAUUUCAGCGGACUGCGGACGCGCGACCUUCCUGGCUGUUGUGUUUUCAUGUCCCAACCUCGAAACCCCUGUUCUUUCCGGAGUUCCCCUUCACGCCUUUCCGGUGGGAUCACGUCCCUGCCCAAAGCCAGUCCCAUCUUUUCUGCCGUGCACCACAUGAAAAUACGCUUCUCCUCCUCCCUUCCCUUUUUCUCUCUUCUUUAGAAAGACACACACAUAUUUAAGGACUGCCCCCUGAAACCAGCCUUCUCAUUUUGGGAAACCUCUGGAGAGGGAACCCAACCACACAAACAAGCGUGGUUUUCCAAGAACGGGCAUUCGUGUGUUGUUGGUUGUGGCCGAAGAUGUGGAAACCUCCUGUUCUCUACUGUUGGCAAAUAUAUACGUACCUACAUGGUUCUCUAACAGAGCUUCCUGUAUCUAUAGCUAGGCGCCAGCUGUCCGUUUCGAUGUAUCUUUCUAUAAAUAUACACUCUCAGGUACUUUU